GUACCCCUGCCAUGCUUAUCCAUUUACCUUUACUCAACUGUUUAUGUCAAUGUUUUAAUAUAAAAUGUAUAUUUAAUAAUAUUAUUUGGUACUUCUUUUCUUUUUUUUUAAAAAAAUAUGUUUUUAAAACGCACUAUGUGGAUAUCUCUGACGGCGAUCACAUUAGGCUUGAGUACACUGACCCAUGCAAAAGCUUGUAGCGGAACUGUCCGUGAGCUUACAGAUGUUGGGAGAAGAGGACCUUCGUACGCGAUAAAGUCGUCGUCUGAACCAACCAUAUCUGACUCUACAUUGCCUACAGGAUGGUAUGUUGCUAAAGACGGUGUAAGAUACUACACCAUGGUCAAUGGAACAGCCCCUCGGUAUGCUUAUUGUGGAACAGAUAAUCCAAUUUAUAUUAAAGAUAGGAUAACUAAACUGGAAGAAGGCAAGGAGUACCAAGACAUAGCAUGCCUUGUUAACUAUGAUAGCAACUGUACACAGCGAUAUAAUGUCAAGGUUCGGCAAUGUAGUCAGGAAAUUCAGUAUUACUUACUUCCUACUGAUGGAACUAGUGCCUAUUGUUUCGAACCAUCCUCUGUAACAGUUGUGGCCCCUGCACCGAAUUACAGAAUCGAAGGUCAUCUCAAUGUGAGCGUGGCAUUGAUGUAUAAUCGUGCAAGUAAACACUCAGAGCCUGAAUUGGAGUUUAAGUGUAACUUCGGAUCGGCAAGAAAUCAGUCCUUCUACGGAGUGAACUGGGUUAUAAAUGGACGAAUUGAAAAGACUUUUAGACCAGUGAAAAUGAAAGAUCUAGACAGCACCAACCUGAAUGAAACUACACUCCGAUCACUAGGGUUUUCAUUUGGAAUAUCGAUCCAGUGUGCAGUGAGGAUAUCUAGCACACCUACAGGAAAUCAGACAAGUCCUCAAAUGAGCGAUACAUUCUACGCAGGAGUAAAGAUUUCCAUAGGCACACCAAAACGAAUAUCUCGCAUGCAGAAAUGGGCAAAGAAAAAUUAA